UUUUUCACAGUCCUUGCCACACGAUUGUUGAAGUAACAUCGGUCAUUCAACGUCAACCUAUCUGUGUAUGCAGAACUUGUACCCUGGUGGAAUAGGUACGUGAUACGUUAAUAAUUUAAUAAUUUUGUACCAACGUCGAUGGACCACCCGUAAUAUAUCAAGAGAUGUGUUCAACGUAAAAACCGAUAGCGGCGUUUAUUGCUCGCUUUUCAAAGCUCCGGCGACGCGUUAACGGAUUAGCCAAAGUAAAAUAAAUCCAUUCGUAAUGUACGGAGAGGUUGUCUACUUUGAGUGGUACGAUUAUGUCGCCUUCUCCGUAAUGCUGAUUAUUAGCCUCGCUAUCGGGACGUAUUUCGGAUUUUGGAAGAAGCAAGACAAUAAGGAGGAGUACCUUCUCGGAGGGAAAUCCAUGGGUGUUAUUCCAGUCACAAUUUCGUUAAUCACAAGCACUUUAUCGGGGGUUACUGUAAUGGCAUACCCGGCUGACGUUUACAAGUAUGGUUCGAUAACAUUGUGGCUAUGCAUAGCCAUACCAAUUAAUGGUUUCAUAUACGCCUAUGUCUUUCUUCCCGUGUAUAUGAAGGCCGAAGUGACCAGCUUGUAUGAAUACCUGGAAAAGAGGUUCAGCUCGGCCAGCCGCAUUUUGGCGUCCGUACUGUAUACACUACUGAUGGUCAUGUACGGGCCCAUCGUUGUUUACAUACCGUGUCUCGCUUUCAAUCAAGCAACUGGAAUUGACGUUAUCAUUGUUGCCCCCAUCAUUUGUUUGCUUUGCAUUUUUUAUACAACAAUUGGUGGUAUCAAAGCUGUAAUCUGGACGGAUACUUUUCAAUUUAUCGGUACUGUGGUGGCAAGCGUAACUAUUGUCAUCGUUGGUACAGUCUCGGUGGGUGGUAUCCAGAAGGUAUGGGAGACUGCCUUAGCCGGAGAGCGUUUGGACAUCUUUAAUUUUAGAAACGAUACAUUCGCUAGGGACACCUUUUGGUCAAUGCUAUUCGGCGGUGCCAUUCAGUGGGGCGCUUACGUGUUGGCCAAUCAAGGAGAAUUCCAAAAAUGCCGAUCGGUACCCACCCUAGCAAAAGCACGAUUGUGCGCUAUACUGUACGGAAUUGGGGUAGCGGGUCUUAUGCUCCUAACGGUUUUCAACGGGAAUAUAAUGUACACUAAAUAUUCAAAAUGCGACCCGUUGACCACACAUCAAGUAGAGCGCGACGAUCAACUUUUGGCGUACUUUGUGCUAGAUAUUUCCAAGCAGGCUCCUGGUCUUCCAGGCAUUUUCGUUGCCGGUGUGUUUUGCGCAGCUUUGAGCACCUACUCAGCGACGCUGAAUACCGCCGCCGGCAUCAUUUAUGAAGACUUCCUCAAGAGAUUUUUGGCAAUAGAGACCCAGAAGACUCGAGAAGGCUUAAUACUGAAAAUAAUUGUCCUGUGCUUCGGCAUGGUAUCUACUGCUCUAAUUUUGGUAGUCAAAGUAUUCAAUGAAAUUGUUCCCUUGGUAACUACUGUUCAGGGAAUUAUCUAUGGUUGCCUUUUAGGUCUACUAUCCUUAGGAGUCUUGGUACCGGUCGCCAACGCAAAGGGUGCAUUGUGUGGUGCUGUUACCACGCUCCUUGUUGUGUCUUGCUUGGGAUUCGGCAGAUUAUACUACAUGUUCUCAGGGAUGCCGAUGGAAGCGGCUAAACCAUUAUCGGUUGAGGGUUGUGACUUUUCGUAUAACACGACCGUAACAAAGAACCGCGAAGACAUUUUUGUUAUAUUUCGUGUGUGUUUCUGGUACAUUGUCUCAAUUGGAAUCUUUAUAACACUUGUUGUGGGUACUAUAGUAAGCUUACUGACGAGAAAACGCGGAGAGGUUGUCGACAAAAAUUUAGUUAGUCCUAUACUACACAGAUUUUUACGUUAAAUUAGAUACAAAAUUCUUAAUCGGUUAUGUGCAAUUGUUAUACAGAGCAGAGUGUUCAUUUGAAAACUUCUCACCACUGAUAAAAAACGCCGAGACGAAGGAGUAUUGAGCAAUAGCUUCUUUAAAAGGUCUUUCGAAGUCCUUUAUUUUGACGUUUGAUUUUUUUAAAUUCGUUUCCGAAAAAAUUAGAAUAAUUUCCACUCUUUCGGCAAGUGUGUAAACCAUUUUGGAUCUGACAAAAUAAAUCUAUCCCAAGAUUGUCACAAAGGUAACUGACAGAAAAUUAGACUCUUUUUUUCCCAUCGCAACAAAUAAGUGACAUUUUCGUUUGUUUUAUUUUUCUAUCUGAACAAAUAGGUCCGUUCUUUUUCACAAAAUCGUAACGUUUAAGUCACCCCCUUAUCUUUAUAACAAAAUAACUUUUCGCACAGAUGUACAUAACAUUAACAUUCGCCGUAAAGACCACAUAACCAUUCCGCAGCAUAAAAAAGGAAUAUUUCAGAGGUCAUAUUCGUACGCGAUUGCUCAUGUAUAUAAUACUUUGCCAGCAGAUGUAAAAUGUUAUGUACCAGAUAAAUUCAAAGUUAGUGUUCGUCGACUCCUCCUAAAAACAUCCUAAAAACAUAAUAAAUAUGUAAAAUAUUUCCGUGUUAAAAACAAUUAACAGCUUACUUUGUAAACCACAUCUUAAUUGUCAAAUUCUUGAGUUUUAAAUGUACUACUCCAUUUUUUGUUUCACUUUUUGUAUGUAUCAUGACCUGUCUAGUUAAAUACACUAACAUAAAAUAAAUUAAAGGUUGAGUGGAAGAGCAGACACGGAUGAUAUCUCUGUCUGAACUCCGCCAUUUAGACAGGCUCUGUAUAGAAAUUGUCUAUUAAAGUCAUAUAUUAUUAUUAUUAUUAUUAUGGUAGGUGUAUCUUGUGAGAACUCAGGUCUAGCCUGGUUAACUAAUC